CCUUGUCCUGUCACUACCUACCCAUGUAAAAAGUUGAUUUCCCUCUUGUUUAAAUAUUGGAAGGCUGUCUCUUCCAGUCUGAAUGAGCCCAGCUCCUUCAGCCUGUCUUCACAGGAGAUGUGCUCUAGCACUCUGAUUAUCUUUGCAGCCAUCUUCUGGACCCUCUCCAAAUGCUCCACAUCUUUACAGUGCUGGGGGCCCCAGGCCUGGGUGCAAUACUCCAGUUGGGGCCUCAUACAGGCACAGUAGAGGGGGACAAUCACCUUCCUGGUCCUGCUGGCCAUCUCUCUUCAGCUGCAACAAAGGGUUCCAUUUGCCUUCCAGACUACAAACAGAUAUUUGUGGUUCGUGUUAAGUUUUUCUUCUACCAAGACCCCUGUAGCAGAAAUGGUAAGUCAAGAACUGAAACAGUGAUUGAGCACCUGGUAGGAAGGCAGGGCCAAACCAUGGGAGCUCAGGUGCAUGCAAUGCACUUCAGUGAUGGGUGGACCCUGGCUCCAUCUCUUCCCAGAUUUCAUUUAACAGUUGGAAGUGGAGACAAUGUGUGUACCUGGGGCCUUCUGAAGAAUUGUUUUACCCUUCCUUUUCCUUGUGUAAAGGAGUCCAUAGAAAUAAGAUGGAUGGAUUUAAACACAAUUUCUAAAAAUUGGCUGCAAUUGUCCAUUAAAAGACUUCUUCAUGUUUAUCAAGAAUCGAUUAGCAAGAAAAUGGCAACAGAACAGUGAGCAGUCCUCUGGGAGAUGUAGUUCUUCUCUUCUGAGAACCAGGACAAUCAUCUAAUUGAGGGUCACCUGAGAUCCAGGAUAGGAUGCAAUGCAGGAGUAAUCCAAGAUUAAACUCUAUGCACUCAGCAUCCACAAUGGAAGAGUCACCUGUGAAGAAGUCCAGAAAAGGGAAGGGAACCAACAGCAAUAGAAGAGGCAAUGCUGUGAUCACAGGCUAAAAUGAAAGAAGAAGCUUCUGAACCACCUUUUUU